GCAACCAACAAGAUAAGUCGGGAAACUGUCAAACCAGUAACGCUCCAAAAAUACGUGCUACUAGUUAGCUGCUUAGGCUAUGCUAACUGCACUAGCGACUGGGUCUUGCCAACUAGGUUAGCUACCAGGGGGGCAUUCAUAGUUAGCGCACCUAGCUUAGCUAAUGUUAUGCUGUUCUGUUAUGCGUGGCAGACAACAAGCUGUUCUCCGAAACUCGAAAAACAUGAUUAUCGUGCCAUCACGCAAAUAUGUGUAUAUAUCUGAUGUUAUAUUCAGCAUAUAUAACACGUCAAUUAACACGUUUUACUCCUGAGAAUCAAACUCUGCUCAUUUUUGCAGCUAGAUGGCUGGAAGUUUAUGCUGUCACUUCCGGAUAAAUCGUUCUCUUAUUGGUUUGUCUGUAGUUGUCAUUUCUGAAUUUAGUUUCUCAUUGGUCACUCAGGGUUUCUUCAGAAUCAUAUUCAAAGGUCUGUUGAAAACGAUGUCACCAUGAACUUGCAAAUUAAGCUUUCGUGACGCGAAGUCGUUCUAUACUUCUUGGCAUUUUGUCGAAAUUGAGGCGUUGAAUGUCAGCUCAAUAUUAAUAUCACAGAGAUUUUUUCUGGUUAAUGUUAACGAAUGUAUCGCUAAUGAUUUAGCUAGCUGGCUAGCUUCAUUCUCUGCUGUCAGAACCCGGUAGAUUUAAUUCGCAUCAGAAUCAGUUUUUUUUUGUUUAUGAAAUAUGUGGGUUUUUGGAUAUGGUUCUCUAAUUUGGAAGGUUGACUUUCCAUACGAGGAGAAACGAGUCGGUUUCAUCAAAGGAUUCAGCCGUAGGUUUUGGCAAGGGAGCACUGAUCACCGAGGGGUGCCCGGAAAGCCUGGACGAGUAGUGACAUUAACUGAGGAUCCUGAGGGCUGCGUUUGGGGUGUUGCUUACAAACUGCCUUCCGGGAAAGAGCAGGAGGUCAAAGAAUAUCUGGACCAUAGGGAGAAAGGUGGAUACGGAGUGAUGACUGUGACAUUUUACCCUAAAGAAGAGCAAGAGCCAAUGACAGACACAUUGCUCUACAUCGGAUGCUGCGACAAUCCAAACUACUUGGGUCCAGCCCCUCUGGAGAUGAUCGCUCAACAGAUACUGAAGUCCGUCGGCCCAAGCGGUAGGAAUACAGAGUACCUCUUUCAAUUGGCGGACGCGCUCCGACUGCUGGUACCCGAGGAGUCGGACGAACACUUGUUUUCUUUAGAGCGCUUGGUCAAAGAGCUGCUUCAAAAUGCCAACGAGUGAUAGAUAUAGAACCCGUCAGACAAAACUGACCUCUCAGCUGCUCAGGGUUUUAGGAAAAUGCGCAAAAUAUGCUGACCAGUAACGUCCUGAGAAGGCUUGCCUUCUCAUAACACAAUGCUAAUUGUACGACUGAUUGUUUGUCCACUUCAUUGGUUAUGCACCUUUAUUAAUCUGAAAUCACCUUGGAAUAUGGUGAAAGAAUUGUAUCACCUUAACCAUAAGACUCCACAACUGUUAUGUUUUGAUCACCAUUACGUUUUACCUCAGUAUUUAUUAAAAUAAUCUUUUAGUACACCUAUGAUCCGAUCCGUCAUAAUCCACUGUCCAGGUGACGGGCAGUUGCAGAUAGAGAACGAUGUACGUUACAGUGGGUGGACAGAGACUGAUGCUACUCAGGAUAUUUUACAAUUUUAAUUCACUGUAUGAAUGAAACCUGUUGAUUGUAUUGGAGCAUGAAGUGCCCAUUCAAGCCAUCUUUAUGUCAUGUCUUCGGUUCCUCUAAUCCAUUUUCUACACGGAAAACGUUUUACAUUGUGACACGUCAUACGCUUAAGUCUGUCCUACUGUGGUAUCCAAUAAAGGCAGUGAUGUAAUGGCA